AAACAGCAAAACGGCGGGCAACGGGUGUCACAAAAAUCUGGCGUGCCAGAAAUUCUCCAAAUUAAUCACGACUUCUGACAGAUUCGCAGAGUUUUGGGCGCAUUUUAUGCAUUUGCAGCAUUUCGCCGAGGUGUAGACGUGAAAAGCACCGUCGAACAUGCCUGGUGUCAUCGAGACAGACGCAAAAGCCGAUGCUCCCGGCAUCGUGCGUCCCAACAUUGACAAAUAUGAAAACAUGGACGAGAUGCGUCUGCAGGACAUGGCCUACCAGUACCUUUGCCACCUCGAGGAGUCUAAAAAGUGGCUGGAGUCCAUACUGCAGAUCAGUCUUCCACCUUUGACAGAAUUAGAGGAAAACCUGCGCAACGGAGUGGUGCUUGCCAGGCUGGGACACCUGAUUGCCCCGGAGGUGGUUUCGCUGAGCAAAAUCUACGACAUUGACCAGUCGAGAUAUGACAGAUUUGGCCUCCAGUUUCGUCACACUGACAACAUCAACAAAUGGAUUGCUUCCCUAGAUGCCGUCAAGCUGCCCAGGACGUUUUUCCCAGAGACGACUGACGUUUACGACAAAAAGAACAUGCCUAGGGUGAUUUACUGCAUUCACGCCUUGUCAACGCACCUUUUCCGACUUGGCAAAACACCAGCCAUGGGCGACCUCUAUGGAAAAGCAUAUUUCACUGAUGCUGAAAUUGAUGUUAUGAAGAAGGAGUUGGUUAAGGUUGGAGUUCAGAUGCCGCUUUUCCAAAAGAUUGGAGGAUUGCUUGCCAAUGAAAUGCCCGUUGAUAAGGCUGCCUUGCACUCGGCCAUCAUUGCCAUCAACGAGACUCUAGAUAAAAAAGAAGGUGAUAAUUUCCUCCAUGCUUUGAAAGCUUCUGUUGCCAAGCUCAAAUGGGUAGUUGAUGACCAUAUGGGCAAAUACAAAGCAGUUAUGGUUCAGGCUAAAAAGGACAAAACGGCAGUAGCACAGAACAAGUCAUUGAGUGAUAGUUACACUGCUGAUGUAUAUGAUGAGCUGCUGACGCAAGCUGAGAUCCAGGGAUACAUUAAUUCUGUCAAUAUUGCUGUUGCAUGGAAUGCUGUGUUGAAAGCUGUUGAGGAUGGAGACGAAGGCGCACUGAAGUCAGCUUUGCGGGCUGUUCCGUUAGCACUGAAGGCUGUGGAUGAUAAAUGCAUUGGUCACUACAUGAAGGACCUUCGCGGCAUGGUAGAGAACAAUGAUCUCCAGGAAACACCGCCUGACUCUCUUCGCUGCCGACAAAUCCUGCAAAAUGUGAUCACAGCUGGAAACAACAUUGCUUUGCAAUCAGCUCUUCGUUUGGAAGCCAUGUGGAAUGUGAACAAAGCUCUGCGAAGUGGCACUCCAGUAGAAACUCUAAAGGCUCUGCAAAAUCCAGCUCUUUCUCUGGACAAUGUCAUUCCCGAAGCUGCUCCUCUUUAUCAUUUUGAAAUGAAAAAUGAUAGAAGCGACCUAGAGCGUGACUUGACAAUCAAGGAAAUCCAAGGCUGCAUUGAUUUACUGACUAAAAUUGCCUGCGUCACACUAGCAGUUGACAAGAACAACACCAAGGAAAUGUGGAGAGCUCUAAAAAACCUUGGUGAUAUUUUUGAUCUGGAUGAAUAUUUUAUCGAUGACUAUUGGAAAACGUUUUACGAAAUGAGACAAAAGAAGUUGUUGGAGAAAAGCAGAUGCCCUAUGCUGACGUAUUUUGACAUCGACGACUGUGUGACCCAAGUACACCAAAAGAUUGACAUGCAAAAUCAAAUGGUGGGCGCAUUGCAAAAAUUGAACCGAGCUGUGCUUAAGGACAACCAACGAGAGGUUUUCGGUGCACUUGAAAUCCUGAGUUCUCAGAUAGUCCUUCCUGUGGAGGAGAAGAACUCUAGGCUGUACCUGCGGAUUUUGCAGGCCAUCCGAGAAGAGGAAGACAGAGAAUCAUCUGAACUGUGGCUUUCCGACGCAGAGGAGGCAAUUCGAAUGGCUGACGCAGAGUCACGAGAGGCUGAGCAGGCAUGUUCCUCUCUGAUCAAAAUCCAUCUGGCGCUAAAGGAGCACGAUGAAAAGACAUUGGUCAAAGCACUGGAAGGUGCACCACUUCACCAAAAACCAAAAAUCUGCCCAGAGUAUUUCAGGGACUAUAUGAGGCUCUUCAUUGAUUGCUACAAGCAGAAAGUGGCCAAGAAGUACACCAGUCCGUGUUUAAUUUACAUAACAAAGAAGAACCACAAGGCUUACAUAAAUUUGAAAACAAAAAGCUUUGAGUGGAAUCCUCCAGAGACCUUGGAAAAUUCCCCUUACUUAUCCCUGAAAGAAAUUGAGAAACUAGUGGAUAUGCUGAACACCGAGCUUUCUGCACCAUCAGACUAUGACUCUGAAAAGUCCACCAGUCCGGAUGCAAUGGAUGCACACCUUCUGAACCAGAUAGUUUUGAUCCAACGCUGGUGGCGUGCUGUGUUGGGACGCAAGCAGCUGGAGGCCAGGAUUGCUGCUAAAAGGGCAAGCAGGCUACAGAAACAAAAUCUUGACUAUUACAAGAAACACGUUCAAAAGAUUGUGCGCCUGCAAGCUUUAUGGAGGGGUCACCAGACGAGAAAGAUGUUCCUCCAGUUGGUGCACCAGCCAAACCCCUCUCUCAACAUUGUGCGCCAGUUUGCAACAAUUCUUGCUCCAAACAACAGUGAAUUCCACAAGGAGAAUGAAAUUCAACUGCUGAAGGCAAAAAUAGCAAAGUCGAUUCGCCACAAUCAAACUUUAUCCCAGCAACUGGAGGACAUGGAUGUGAAAAUUGGUCUGCUUGUGCAAAACAGAAUUUCCCUACAUGAUGUGCAAGCCCACCAUUCCCAAAUGUCCGAUCUUGCACGAGGCCCAAAGUCCUCAAUGUCGGAUCAGCCGUCAGUGGGGUGCAGCUUUUUGGGAGGCAAAGGACUCAAGUCCCUGACCAAGGAGGGCAGGCACCUGCUUGAAGGAUACCAAAACCUUUUCUACCUGCUGCAAACGCAGCCUCGAUAUUUGUCCAAGUUGUUAUUUUGCUUGCCGCAGAGCAAGUCCAUGCAUUUCCUUCAAGACGUAAUUUUCUCCCUUUUCAACUUUGGCUCCAGUAAGAGGGAUGAGUACAUGUUGUUGAAUCUUCUGAAAACGGCACUUGAGGAGGAAAUCAAAUGUAAAUUCAAGGAGCCUGUGGACAUUCUCAAAGUAUACCCUCAAGUCUUGAAAAUCGCCGUCAACUUUUCUCGUCAGCACUCUGGGCAAAAUGCGCUGCGUGAAAUUUUGGGUCCUCUCAUUCAAAGAGUGGUCAACGACAAAAGCACAGUUUUUGAAACAAAUCCUAUUGAGAUUUACAACAGCUGGAUCAACAAAAUGGAAAUGACCACAGGCGCAGCCAGUGAUCUGCCUCGAAACGUGACUGUUGCCGAAGCAUUGGCACACGAAGAAGUACAAAAGCGCCUUCAAAAAGGCAUUCAAAGUCUGCAGGAAACAGUGCGUCUCUUUCUUGAGCGAAUUUGUGAGGAGCGCGAGCAGCUUCCUUACAGUUUGUUGCACACGGCUCGCACUCUACACAACGCCCUUGCUCAAAGGUUCCCAGGUUUUCCCGAAAAAGAUCUUUUGAAGGUUAUUGGACACGUUGUUUAUUACCAUUUCAUUAAUGCUGCCAUUGUGGCCCCUGAUGCCUACGAUGUUGUCACCCUGCCUGCAGACAAAACCCUCACUGCAGAUCAGAGGAACAAUUUAGCUAGCAUUGCCAAAAUCCUUCAGUAUGCAGCUUCCAAGAAAGGGUUUGGUGAAGAGUCGUCGCACUUGAAAGUUCUCAACCCUUUCAUCAUACAGUGUCACGAAAAGUUCAAAAAAUUCCUCACUCGCUGCUGCCAAGUAGAAGACCUUGAAGAACACUUUGGAGUUCAUGCCUACUCGGAGGCCACCAUGAUUGUCAAGCCUACCAUUUUAAUAUCGCUGCAGGAACUCUGGGACACGCAUCAGUUAGUUUUGCAGUAUGAGGAUGACAUUGCGCCUAAACAAUCUGAUCCGUUGCAUUCUAUCCUUGAAGGCCUGGGUCCUUUGACUUCUGUACGCAAGUUGCUAGGAGGGAGCUCCACUGACUCCUUGCUUCCGAAGGGAGACAUAACCUUGACGCUGUCCAACAGUAAACUUGAGGUGCUCACAGAGCAGAUGUCAAAUGGAAAGCAAGAGCCAAAUCAAAGUCAAAUGUUCAUUAUGGCAAAAGAACUGCUUGUGGCGUUGCUUCCGUUCCUCAAAGGUUCAUCUUUGACGGAAGCUCUGGAUGCACAGGAGCUGCCGGGCCAAAAUGAACAAUUUCUCAAGCAGCAGAAUUCUAUCCACUCACAGCAGUCAGGAAACAAUUCAAAUUUGCAUCUGAGUAAGAGGCGCCUUCAACUCUGGCUUGGCAAAUUGGAACAACAGGGGCUGGUGUCCUCUGAAAACGACUACCAGCAACUUCUUUCCUCCGUGGCCAAAGACAUUAUCAACAGAGGCCAAUAUUGCCAGGCUAGGCGCAACGAAAUGGUCCUUUUAAAAAACACCAUCAGCAGUUUGGAGCAGAAAAAUCAGUGGUACCAAAAACAAGUCGAAUUUUACAACAAGUACAUUGAAACUUGCCUGGCAAGCCUGGACAGUGGAAAGAAAAGGGUCCACACUCUGCGCCUCUCAGGGCAGCACCCAGGCAAGGCCAAGACGCAGAAGGUACUUAAGUACACUGCAGCCCAGCUGCACGCAAAAGGAGUGCUGCACCAAAUGCAGGGUCUGCCGUCUAACCAAUUCAAGAGCGUCCAAUUUGAAAUCUCACCCUCCGAGUCUGUGGGAGUUUUCCUCGUCAAAGGAUGUUUCAUGGGCAUACCCAUGGACAGUGCAGAAAUCGACAUUCAGGAGUUGCUGCAGCUUCAGUACGAGGGCAAGGCGAUCAUGGAUAUGUUUGGAAAAGCAAAGGUCAAUGUUAACCUGCUGCUCUUCCUGCUGAACAAGAAGUUCUAUGGAAAAAGUUAAAAAUUUACCAAUAUAUGUAUUUUGGGAAACUCGUCGCUUGCUGCAUUCCUUUCUAGUAGAUGAUUGAAAAGUGAACUAACCUGACUUUUUACUUCACUUAACUUGCAUUCUCUAAGUCUUCAUGUGAUUUUCAAUUUCCUAGCUUCUUUACUUGUUUCUAUUGUGUAGUGAAAGAAUUACCGAAUAAUAUUAAAAAUAAAACUCUUGUUUAUCAUGA